AGCGAACGGGGGCGGGUUUGUUUAGCGGGUCUAUGAAUGAUAUUAUGUUUUCGGCUCCGCAGAAAUGGAGUCGACGACCUCAGACCGUUAAUUGCGACGCCGGACCUUCCCCAGAUUCUCUCACCUCAGCCGGCACACAGUGACCUUGCGAUCGGCUACAAAAAGACAAAGCCAUGGGAAACACGAGCAGCGAGAGGGCUGCCAUGGGCCAUGGGGAGAAGGCUCAGCGCAGAGACAGCCGGGGGAUCAAGGAAGGGGACAGGCCCAAAAUUCUGAUGGAUAGCCCAGAGGAUGCAGAUAUUUUCCAUGGAGAAGAUAUGAAGGCUCCUUUAGAGAAAGAGGAGUUCCUGGCGUGGCAGCAAGACUUAGAAGUCGAAGACAAAGACGCCACUCUUGAUCGACCAACGGUGUUUCGCUGGACUGGAGAUGGAAAAGAGGUGUUCCUCUCCGGGUCCUUUAACAACUGGGCCAACAAGAUUCCCCUAAUUAGAAGUCAGAACACCUUUGUGGCAAUUGUGGAUCUACCAGAAGGGGAGCAUCAGUACAAGUUUUAUGUGGACGGGCAGUGGACCCAUGAUCCAACUGAGGCAUCUGGCUUGCUCAUCGUUCAGCUUUGUGAACUGAAUUGUGUCAUUGUUUCGGCACAGCCUGUUGUGACCAACCAGCUCGGGACAGUCAACAACAUCAUCCAGGUGAAGAAAACUGACUUUGAGGUGUUUGACGCUCUGAUGGUGGACUCCCAGAAGUGCUCGGACAUGUCGGACCUGUCCAGCUCUCCUCCCGGCCCGUAUCAUCAGGACGCCUAUGUUCCUAAGCAGGAAGAGAAGUUCAAGUCUCCACCUAUUCUCCCUCCUCACCUCCUGCAGGUCAUCCUCAAUAAAGACACAGGCAUUUCUUGUGAUCCUGCAUUGCUUCCGGAGCCCAACCACGUCAUGCUGAACCACCUUUAUGCGCUUUCCAUUAAGGAUGGAGUGAUGGUGCUCAGCGCCACACAUCGCUACAAGAAGAAAUACGUGACCACUUUGCUGUAUAAGCCGAUCUGACGGCAGCCCGUGCUUUUCACUCCAGCGCUGCGUGCUGUUUGUACACCGAGUGUACAAAAAAAAAAACCUCCGCACACUUCCUUUUCCCCUUAAAAUGUCGAGACCACACAAAGCCAAUCUGUCAGCGCACACAGGUUCCACCCGCUAGCUUCUCCUAAACCUGGGGAAGCAGCUCUGAGCGAGAUGGAAGGGAUCAAAGUCCAGAAACACCACGUAACAUAAGACACGAUUAAAUUAUCCAUUCAGAAAGCUACAGAAAGGAGAAGUUCAAAACAGAGGAAUCCUGUCAUUAAGUAAAAAGAUGACGGUGACUUGAAUUAUUUCCACCAAACAGAUCAACAGUCCCUUGCAUCUGUGCGAGUCUUCCACAUGAGCUUCAUGAGUUUAACCCCCUCAGAGGUUCAUUUUCUUUUCCAUGGAUACCAGAACCAUGGUCACAUUUCCAAAGCCCUGACAGUGUAUUUAAGAAAAAAGACGGUCUGUUAUACCAGUUAAGUGGGUGACAUUAGAAACGCUUUUGUCAAGUGGAAUGUAAGACGGACCCACCAGAGCCAAUUUUUUCUCUGAUUUAGCAGAAUUUAGAAUUAGGGAGGUUUGACAGCUUGACAACACAGCUGGAGGAAAUGUUCAGAUACCAGGAAAGGAAAGCAGGAACAGAGGCAAAGUUUUCCCUGCUGAACCUUGACACAAUCUUUGUAAAUGAUUUAAAUUGGCUGGGUCCCUCGUCCUUCACCGGGCAGUCGUCCACAGUCCGCCUGUUUACGGACACAAACAGAAAAUUCUAUCAAGUUUACAAUCAAACACGACUGACAGAGAGCCUUAGACAUCUUUUAAACUCUUUGUGAAUCCAGUUUUAUGAGCACAUCCGCUGUGGUGAGGGUUACAAUCUCUCUAGCCCCUCAUAAUCUGCCAUUAUUUGCUCCCUAACGGCCCCAUGUAUUUUUACACAACGGUGACUUUACUUCAACGUGAAACAAAAGCAGUGAGGAUUUGGAGGAGGUUGCUCGUGUGCUCAUAAAAAAAAAAAACAAGAAGCAACCAUACCAAAACCCAAUGGACUGACAGUCCGGGGCCAUAUCUAAAUGAAAGGCUAAGUGUAAUAAAGUCCGCUGACAUUUCUCCCCUGGUUGAGAAGAGCUUCAAUCUUGAAUGUAUAGGCUGAUAAGAUGCACUGCACUAGUUUUAUACUGUUUGUCUUUGUCUUUUUUCGUUCAGACCGAUCCCAUUUGCUGGCGGCAGCACAGUACAGAGUAGAUGUAUUUAUCAAGUAUGUAGCCGUAUAUUUUUGUGUUGAAUAAGUUGAUCAUGUCAUCUGCUGAGGUUAAAGAUUAUUUUUUAGAAAGUUGUUUGCAGUGUCUGCUUUAGUCUUAUUUAAGGUGAUCUGUGCACUUACACCUUGACAAUGUAUCAGAGGAGGAGAUUUGGUCUUUGAGCACUUAGGCAGGCGAUGGAUUUAUGCAAUGAAUUUCGGGUCAUGUGACAUUUUAAUUAGCAGGAUUCAGUCGCACCAGUUUGAGUCGAAUCGAGUAUCCUACAAACUUCCGAUUGAUUUUAAACUGUAAACACGCCCGAAACUGAAUGGAAGACAUUCAAACGGCGCCGACAAAGGGGCCAGGAUGUGAUUGGAGAGUACACUGCUGUUUUUUUAUUGAUUAGAUAACUAUCAAUGAAGACUGAAGAACUGAACUAUUCUAUGUUAACGUAUGUUAACAUCGGCUGAGGUGUCUUCGCCAAGUUGUUAGAAAAGUAUAAUUGCUAUAAAGAAGAAGCUGCACUGACAUAGUGUUGAUUUAUUAAUGCUGAGAUGCUGGACUUAGGAGCUGAAUGCUGUAUGAUUAAAGGGGUCAUAUUAUGCUUUUAGGGUUUGUACCAUUCCACUCUUUUUGGCCAGUUAUAGCUGUGACACAAUGCUUUUUUUAAAGCAUUUCUAAUCAGUAACACAAGCCAAACCUCUAGCUGUGUUCCCCUCAUUGAACUAGGGGGAGCGUAUAAGUAAACAGAGCAGAGGGAGCUUUUGGGGGGGAAGUGGUGAAAAUAUAGGACCAAAAGCAAUAAGCAUGUGAGCUUAUAUGUGGUUCCAAUUCAAUUUGUCCACCUCUCAGAGCAUAGUAUGGCCCCUUUGCCAUAUGUUCUUCCUGUAAAUUAUAUUUUUGUGUUUGAGACCUGUAAUAAAGAUGAAGUUACAAAUGCAGCUCUGAUGGCCUUUUGUAUAACAUAGGCAGCUUUUGUUACCGGUUUUGUUUUUUUUAUUCAGUUUUUGGAACAAGCAAAGUUAAUAGAAAACAAGUUAAACACCUGAUGAGUUUGUUGAGCAGAAUAUGGUGCUCACCACCACAGACUGCUAUUCAGGAUCUUGUUGCAGACUUUAAAG